AAAUUGAGAAAUCCUUGUACGACAGGACCGUUAACAACCGGAGCGGUAAACUUGUGAGAAUGGUAAACAUCAUUAUAAUCACUUAUAAAUCCCUGGUACAUAACAGAAUGACAAAUUGUGGGAUCUUCUGGUGUCACAUUGAAGCAACAUUGUGUUUGUGUCGUUUGCUCAUGCAUCGGAAAAGAGUGCGACACAAUUCCCUCCUUUGACAUUCCGCUGGAAGACGAAACCGUGCGAUCUUUUUCCUCCUGUCGAUGUCGCUGUGCAGCUGCAGUGUUUCGCAGUACAUUCGACCAGCGACGACGGGAAAUCUUGAAUCUACGAGAAAAUCGAAAAAAACGCGAUUGCGAUGCUGGACUGAAUGUAUUAUAGUGAAAUGCUAGCUGUGCGGAUUACUGCUUCACAUCACGCUUCGUACAUGAUGUUUAAUCUGGAUUAGACGAAAAUGAUGAAGUAUCAGGAUUGAUUCGUGUAUUUCAGAAUGUACCAUAAAUACCUAGUGAUCGUAGCAUUGGGAGUGUUAAUCCACCUCGUCAGGAUAGGAUUUGGUCAAAUUCAUAGUCCAUGUCCGAAUGUCUUUCGAUAUGUCAGAAAUGAGACCACUGGAGACAUUGAAGGUCACAUAGAGAUACAUAAUGUCCCAAAAGGCAUUGCUCUACAUAUCAUGAUGAGAUUAAGCAUUGCUAUAGGUCUUCCUACGAAAUACGUAGGUAAGCUGGAGUUAGCAGAGCGAAGGGAUUUGGCGGUCAAGGCAGUACAACAAGGCAGGCCCUUGAGUUAUCGCUUACAUUUUCCACUACAACAUCCAUUGCCGCUUCUUACGAGAAUUUUGUUCAAUAACCAGGAAUAUUGCUCUGGAAGACGAGCAAUUGGACCAAUUGUUACAUCGAUUACAUUAGAGCACAUUUUAUAUCCUCCUGGGAUAGUUCCUGAUCAUCCGAAAAUUCCGCCACCACAAGUUCAAGUGCAAAUUUUGAAUACAAUGCCAGUAACAUCGUCAACUUUGGCAGCUUUACCUAGUGAAAGCACGGUGCCUGUGACAGAGGCUUCAUGGAAACCGAUUGCAUCUGAUAUUUUGCCGCGAGAUUCAAUAGAUGACGAUAUUUGUGGACGUUCAAGUAAAAGUGACAUAAAUUUAUUAAUUUCGAAAGGGGAAAAAACAGAGCCUGGAGACUGGCCCUGGUUAGUUGCGAUUUUUGUAUCCAGAAUCAAACUGGAAUUUCAAUGUGCCGGAAAUCUUAUCAGCAACAAACAUGUACUUACAGCUGCUCACUGCUUGAAAAGUGGCAACGGCCAAGAAUUGCCGACGAGUACUUUAUUAGCAGUCGUUGGACGGUAUAGACUUCGGAAUUGGGCUGAAAAAACCUCGGUAACAUACGAAGUAUCAGAAUUUACAUUGCAUUCCGAAUACGGGCGACGCGGAGCACUUUUCGAUAGUGAUCUCGCAGUUAUGACACUGAUGGAGGCAGUCACAUUUGGAAAUUUGAUUUUACCAAUAUGCUUAUGGACCGGGCCUCCCCAGAUUGAAAGUGUUGUUGGUAAAACUGGAUUUGUUGUUGGGUGGGGUCGCGAUGAACUAGGGACUCCAGUCACAGCAGAACCUAGGAUGGCCAGAGUGCCAAUUGUAUCACAGGAGGAUUGCUUGAGAAGCAAUCCAGAUUUUGCACAAAUUACUUCAAAUCGGACCUUCUGUGGAGGGUCGAAGGAUGGUAGUGGACCUUGUAAUGGCGAUAGUGGUGGAGGACUUGUAUUGUAUGAUUCGCACAAGCAGAGAUAUCACCUACGAGGAGUUGUGUCACUGUCACUACUUGAUCGAGACACAGGGGCAUGCGAUUUAUCACAAUAUGUUGUCUACACAGAUAUUGCAAAAUACUUAGAUUGGAUCCAGGAGCAAAUUACAACCUAAAGAAUAUAGUCAUUCUUGUUAUCCAGUUUACUAGAAAACA